AUGAUAACGUCAAAUCGUCCGAAACUGCCUGUUAAUAUUUUGGAUAAGCGUGUGCCAAAAAAUCCAAAAUAUGAAAAUGUUCAAGCAACCAUCGAUACAGGAGAUAGUAUUACCAAAUUUCUCAAACGAAAUGAAGAAUUGCGUGCAUCGAGUAAACAAGUAGCUGGUGAAAUAUUCAAACGCAUGAAAAUAUCUACUCUUGUUCAAUUGAUCAUUCAAGUAACCGAAAUCAAUACAUUAGAUACUCCAAGUAAUGCUGAAUUCGAUCCAACAGCAUCACAACAAACAUUUUCGGAUAGAGAUCGGCCUCAAACACAAGAUAGUCAGAUAAGCCAAGCGACAACACGAUCCACGUUACAGAGUGUUAUUCGUGGUGUGGGUGAAAUGGAUGUAUAUAAUAGUUAUCAAAAUCGUUUUUCAACGACACCAGCAACGCCUAAAACUCCACUGAGCGAACAAGUUAAUUUAGAAAUGGAUGAACGACCCUACUUAAUUGUUGAUCUUCGUGAUAAAGAUGAAUUUCGGGCAAACCAUAUUGUUUCGGCUCAUCAUUAUCCAGCUGCUAUGCUCUCCCGCUGUUCAAACAACGAAUCUAGAGAAUUGCUUAUUUACGUAAGUUGA